UGUUUUGGAAAAAAAUGAUGAAAUAUGCAUACUAAGUGAAAUAGAAUUUUUAUGGAAUCUAAUAGAAAUUAUAUUUUUUGAUGAAAAUCAAAGUGAUUAUAUUAUAAUCCAAUUAAUCAGAUGGAUAUCAUGGCAUUUCACAGAACCCACUCUUAAAUUAUACCAAUUAAUAUCUGAAAAAAAUGAUGGUGUUUUACAAAAUCUAGAAACUUGGAACAUUAUUUACGCCUUAAUAUUACAAGGUCAGGUUGACUUGGUCUUUGACUUUCUAUCUUCCCAAUAUUUAUUUAUAACAAACGAAAUUUUUCGAUCAUGCUUGAAUUUGCUAGAAGGAUGCCCCAUCAUGAAAAUUGUGGACAAACCACCGCUUAACAAAAAUGUCCCGAAUUUUGAAAUUUUGCAUAAGCUCUGGUCCAAAGAAUGUUCCCAUAUGUUGGAAAUUUUAACGGAUCACAAAUUUGACGAUACUGACGAUAUAAAUAUCAACAUCGUUAAAACUGGAAUUUCGAACGUUUUAAAGAUUUUAACUGGUGAAGAUGGAAUAUUUGCGGAGCUAGCUAAUAGCCAACCUUGGUAUUCUACCUUCGUUUCUACAUUAUUUUAUCAAAGCCCCACUGUCACGAUCCAAGAUAUUCCUUUUAAUUUACAAGAAUUUUUCAGAAAAAUUUGCCCCAACGUUAAAGACAACCUAAAUCAAUUGGAUACCAUAAUCAUUUCCAUAUUCGAACUUGAUCACUUUUCCGUUUUAACUGAAUUAUGUCAAUAUAACAAUGAUUGGUGGUUUCCUGCCCACGUGUCAGAUCUCUUUGCUAGAAUCCUCGACUUAAAAACACCAUGUGUCAAAGCCGAUUGUGAUCUAAGGGAGUAUAUUAUACUUGAAUUCGUUUCGAAUUUCAGUGAUCAUGGAAGUUUAUGGUCAAUCAUGCCUAUAUAUUUGGAUGCCUGCGUUAAAUUUGGAAAGGCGCACCUACAAAUCUAUUUAUCCAAAAUGUCCUUAGAUAACGAAUUCAAGGCUCACAAGAUAAUGGAGCUAUGUGAAGAAAGAAAUUUUAGUCUUUUGGUUAGAAGCAUAUGCCGACAAAUGGCCACGAAUUAUAUAAAUAUAAACCAAUACGGUUCUGCUUUGCACUGGGCUUUCAAUGGAAAAGAUUUCGACAUGUCAGAUUACAUAGUUCUCAAAAUUUUGAAUAGCAACGAAAAUCUAAAAGAAAAUACUCAUUUCAAUGUAGUCGGAAACCUGGGUCGUUAUUCUCACGAAACAUCUCUUUUAGCUUAUUUAACAAAGGUUAAGGAAAUGGUCGAUUUAUACGAGGAAAAAUCAUACGAUAAGGUAGAAACGUUGAUAUUGACGCUCUUAAAUCAGCCUUUGCCUUCCGCUAGUUUUGGUUUUGUAUUGCUUCGUUUUAUCGGCGAAUUUCUAAAUCAAACAUCAAUCAAAGAUCCUCACGCGAUUUACGAGUUGAUGCGAUGGGUUGGUGAAACAUUCUCUUUAAAACCGGUUGACUCGCUACGAGAGGAUCAAAAAUUAUUCAUCAGGCUAGUAGUCCAGGCAUUGUCACAAAAUUUAUCCGCUACAUUUGUUAAAAGAGAGCCAAUAUUUUGUAUGUCACAAGAUACGAACAUCAAAGAAAAUGAAAACCAAAUAUAUACUAUUUAGAUAUAAAAUUUACGAUAAUAAUACUCCAAAAGAAAAAAUUAUGAUAGAUAUUACGUGAUAUUGUGGAGA